AUUGCGUUCCGUUACAACUCCAAACAUUUGCAGGAAUGAACACGGAAAAAUUUUCCCUUUGAUUGGUUCAAAAACCAUAUAGCUUCUAAUGUAUCAAAACUGUAGCUUAUUUGAACAACCUGUUUGAAAUAUUUUUCUUCUUUGUAAUAACUUCUUAGUAAAAAUAUAUUUCUCAAUAAUAUAACAGCGUUCUUCAAUUAUAGAAAACUGCUUCCUGUUGCGAUCAAUAAUAAUUGCACAAUUUCUUCAGUUUUCAAAAAAUUUCUUUAGAUUUUAAAAAUUUUUUAUUGCGCCUUUCACAAUUCCUUCAACUCCAAGUACCAAUUAAAGUACCAACCAAUUAGUCGAUAAUUUUUGUUCAUAAUUUUCAGUACUUUUCUUUCUCUCAUUAAAUUAUUCAUCUAAUUCUUUCAGAACUUAAUCUUAAAAAAAUUCGGAAGGCUUAUAGUCCAUAAAAAAGAGUAUACAGAUGAGACGUGAACAAACGUGCGUUCAUAUCAAACAAUCGAAGUUGCAAUUUUAAAAACCCUAAUAAAAAUUGCAGCAGUCGCUUUAUUUUCAUAUCUUGUCGAUUCAGUUUUUCUGAGACUGAAAGUGACACACUCCAAGUAUGUCCAAUAAGUUGACGAGUGCUGUUCAAAAUUUGUCGCUUCUGGAGAUGGCGACUAAUUACAGUUAUGUCAACCUGUCCGCUACUGCAGUCGCCACGGGGGGAAAGAUCCAGGGUAAGGGAGAGGGAACAGGGACUGGUGCAAGUGCAAUGUCUGGCUACCUGUUCUUUGCGCUCUACAUGACCGAGUUCCUCAUUGGACUUCUUGGAAACAGUGUGGUGCUGGUGGUGCUGAGUAUGUCUCGUCUGAAGAAAAGUCCGACGAUAGCCUACAUGUUGAAUUUGAGUGUGGCAGACCUGCUGGUGUGUGUCUUCGUCAUCCCCCCUACAGCUUACACCCUCUGUUUCCUCAACUCCCCCUGGCCAUUCGGACUAUACUACUGCAAGUUCUAUGGCAUGAUCCAGACACUGGUGGUGUUUGUGUCCAUAUACACUAUGGUCCUCAUGUCCCUGGACAGAUUCAUGGCCGUCGUUCAUCCAAUUACCUCCAUGCAGUUCAGGUCGUAUGAGAUCGGGAAGCGGAGCAGUUGUGCUGUUUGGCUGGUGUGGGGGCUGUUCACUCUCCCACUCACCUUCAUCACCGACUCGGAGGGGGGCCAGUGCACUCUGGCCUGGCAACUCUGGUUCCACCAUCAGACACAACAAGAGCGAGCGUUCAAAGUGUUCGUGGAGUUGAUUUUCCUGUUCGGAUAUCUCGUGCCCCUGCUAGUCAUAGUGGUGCUCUACCGGAAACUCCUGCAGUCGCUGUGGCAGCGCAACGACCAGCUGCCUCACAGACACACUUCGCAGAGCUACGAGAGAGGCAAGAGGCGAACGACAAAACUCGUCAUCAUUGUCGUCACAAUGUUCUCCGCUUGCGUUUUACCUUAUAUGCUGAUCAACCAACUGUGGGCGUGGUGGGACAACUGGACCCAAUUGGUCUCCUCCCCCGAGGCCUGGGUGCGUCUCUGUUACUUCCUGUUCUACGUCAACAACAUCUGCAACCCAUUUGUGUACACCAUCCAGUCGGAAACAUUCCGAGAUCACCUGACGAAUACGAUUCCUCGAUCCAGACGGGCACUGGAAUGGCUACUGAGAAGUGAUCCAGCCCCAGUUGAGACAGUUGCUCUGGUGGAGUGUACCAACCAUCAUGGUACAUCAGACAACAACCACUCCGGAGCAAACAGUCACAACGGCAACGGACGUCCACGCCAGGCUUCCAAUGGAUGCCGUCGAAACAUCAAUAGCAACAGCAACAGUAACAACAACAACAACUGACGAGAGAGCGUGAUCACCAUCCGAAUCAACCGACUCAAAAAUACUUUGUUAAUUUUAAUUGAGUUUGAUGCAAAAUAAAAUUAAAGAGAGCUUGAGUCCCUUUUCGAUUUUUCGUCCUCCAUUUUUGCAAUGUGUUUUGUGUAAAUUUGUCAUGCGCUCCAUGUCUAUUUAAAAAUCAAGUAUGCCAGCGUUGGGUUUAAGGGAGGGUAUUCAAUAUCCUGGUCGCUUCAUAAUCUUAAAUGGGUUUACUGAUUAUUUAAACUAACAUUUUGCAUGUGUUAACUUGCUUUGGCAGUGCAAAUACUCAUACUUCGGUAAAUGCUUCAGUAAAUUUCAAUUGGAAAACAAUUUUUGUAAAAAAUGCUUUUAAUUUUUGUUGUUUGUUUUUCGUUUUUGUAU